AUGACAGCACAUCCUCGACAUCAUUCCAUUGUCACCCUAACAAACCCAUCCACUUAUUCGCAUUUCGAGACGAAACUGGCGCUAAAAUCGCAAGAAGGGGCCAUGUUGGCCUCAUCAUCGAGUAAAGAUGAUGAUGAUUUGUUGUCAACAAGUUCGGAUGAGAUUGAACAAGUUGCAAGAGAGACUUUGAAACAUUUGGAUGAGAACGAAAAAUCGAUAGCUUCUGUCAAAUCGAAUGGAACAAUCGAUACAAUUGAUAGAGAAAAGCAAGCAGCAAAAGAAGCCGAUCUAGAGAAAGAAGCCGAUAAGAAAGGAGAUCGAGAUCAAGCUGACCCAUCCCUUAUGCCAAUAAUUCGUUCACAAAUCCCAUUCUCG